AUGCUGCGCUUGCUCUCCAUCUUCGCGGCGAUUACUGCCUGGAUAGUGGCGUGCGGCGCUCGAGUUAUCUCUUUGGACUCUGCUACCCUCUUGCAGAAUGGAUUGGAAGCACAGGAUCUGAAUGCAGCAUUUGCGAAUUUGAGCGCGAGUGAUUCAUGUAUCUCCGGAACGACGGCGUGCAUCUCUGGGGCGAUCGCGUUUUGUGUGGAAGAGUCGUGGUUUGCAGAAGAAUGCGCGGACUCGUUGCAAUGUUUCGCUUUGCCCGCCCUGCGACGGAAUGGCGCUUUCCUUUCUUGCACCACAGAGGCCAUUGCCUCCUCCAUCAUCAACAUGACCGGUGCAAAUGGUGACGUCGCUUCCAAUAGCACUAGCACCCACACCAGCAGCACGAACGCUGCAUCAAGCACAGCUUCCUCGUCUGUCCUGGCUAGCUCUUCUACCUCCGCCUCAGGAGUGACCGUAUUCUCCUCAUCAUCUGCAACAUCCAACACACAGCCAGCGUCGACGCUCACUUCAUCCGCCGCGUCCGCCGCAUCGAUCACCACUAUCCCCGCACAGACGUUCACGCUCAACUCCUCUCAAAUUUCGAGCCUGCUUUCGAGCUUUGCUGCGGGCCAGUCAGCGUUCGCCACCGCGAAUACGAUACCAUCUUCGCCCACGACUACGCCCGCCAGCAAUUUGGCAUCCGUGUCAAGAUCUGUGGCGGGGUUCGGCGUAGGCGGCAGUUCGUCCGCCAUUGGUGGUGCCUCUGUGCCGCUUGCGACUACUACUACGAUGUGUCACUCAUGA